AUGAUAGGAACAAAAUCAAAAGCUUAAAUAGCUCCUUCAGAUUAUACUGAAGUAUAGAAUUUAAAAGAAGAGGUAGGGCUAGUAAAGAUAUGCGAUCGAGAUGAUAGCUAAUAAAAGUAAAUUUUAUCUGAAGAGUCAAAUUAAAAACCAGAUGAUAUGGAUUUACAAAAAUUUAAUCUGCGAAAAGAAUAGGAAGAGUAGUGUUUGCAAUAAAGAUCAACAAGCUUUAACUUAUUUUCUUAAUUGCACAAUAAAAGAUUUCUUUACAUUAAUCGAUUUGCAAAUAAGAUUAAGUAGUACUCUUCUUAUCACAGAUUUACAGAAACGAAAAAGAGAUUUUUAUAGAUUAUAGAUGAUUAUGCAUUUGAUUAUGAUGUUUAUUUCUACAAACGAAUUUUCAAAAAUAAUUAACCUACAAGAUUGUAGAUUAUUAUCAAAAAAAUAGAGACUUGGUUUGUUAGAUCAAUAGCAACACUAGAUCAAAAAUCAGGAGCUAUCAUGUUGCCAAGCUCAUAUGUAAACACGAUAUGGAACAUAAUUUAAUUUAUCUUUUUGUUAAUCUACAUCGUAUAUCUACCAAUUAGAUUGGCUUUUGAUAGUUUGCAUGAAUAAAAAGGAUAUUUUACAGUCUUUGAAGUUAUUCCAAAUAUUAUUCAGAUCAUAAAUAUGUUCUUGGAGUUCAAUACAGGCUUUUACAGACAUGGUUAAAUCAUUUUAGAUAGAUGGGAAAUAUGUGUUAACUAUUUCAAAUCUAGAUUCAUAUUUGAUUUAACAUUAAAUAUUUGUUGGUUGAUUUCGCUAAAUCCUGAUGUCUCUCUUUGGGUCAAAUGUGUUGGUUUAUUCAGAUUAAUAACUUUAAUCAGGCUAACUGAAGAUUUAGAACAAGCUAACUCACUUAGAGAGAGAUAUGGAAAUAUAUUUGAACUACUUAAAUUAAGUAGUUUUAUUUUUCUUUGUGCUCACUUGGCAUGUUGUUGUUGGUACGCUCUAGCUGUCCAUGAAGAAGACAUAGAUGUAUAAAAUACAUGGCUUAAAAAGGACAUUUAAAGUUAUGAACUUGAUCCAAAUGUUAAUUUAAAACUCUAAGGAUAUAUUGCUGGUAUGUAUUACUGCAUAGUAACUAUGACCACAAUAGGUUAUGGUGAUAUUACUCCAACUACUUAUAGAGAAAGAAUUUUUGCACUAAUUUUCUGCAUUUUGUCUUGCUUUUUAUUUGCUUUUACUAUGGGAUCAAUAGGAGAAAUAGUUAAAUAGUUCUCUCUGAAGGGAGAAGAGUUUAAGCAAAAGAUGGAGAUGCUCAAUUUGUACAUGAAAAAGAGAAAUUUAAGUUCAAAUCUAUAGGUCAGAGUGAGAAAAUAUUAUGAAAACUAAAAUUAAGAAUCAUCUGAAAACAAUGAAUUUGGAUCUAAAUUAAUAGACAGUCUUACAACUGAGUUGAGAGAAGAUGUUCAAAAAGAUAUAUAUUCAUUUCUAUUCAAAAAUAUUAGCUUUUUCUCAUAAAAUUUUUCUGAAAGACUAAUAUAAAAUAUGUAUACGAUAGUGGAAGAAAAGCAAUUUUAAAUAGAUGAAAAGAUAUUUGAAGAAGGUUAAAAAUCAGACAAAUUAUAUGUCAUCAUAAAGGGAUAAGUUUAACUUGUGCUUCAAAACAGACAUAGUCUUAUGACAAUGAGUGAAGGAGAAGUCUUAGGUUUAUCUGAAUUCUUUUCUCAGUAGCCUUAUUAAUUUUCUGCAAAAACGAGCAGAAACACUUAAUUUGCUAUCAUUAGAUAUGAAGAUUUUAUAAAACUAGCAGCUGAACAUUAACAUGAUUAUGAAAGUUAUUGUCAAAUAAAAGAUACAAUUUUGCUCAAUAAUGAAUUAAACAAGAUUUAAGGUGUUACUUGCGAAAGUUGUGGUUAGACUGACCAUAUUUUUUAAAAUUGCCAAAUGAUUAGUCUCAACUAAAAUUACAAGAAUAAUGCAGUUGAGCAGAAUAAACGAAAGCAAAUCACGAGAUAGGAAUGGUUCAGAAGGACAAAAAGCUACCAAGCACUAAUUAACAGAUAGUUAAUAGAAAUAAGAGCACUAGAAUAAACAGAUGAUACAGAAUUACGAAAAAGAUUUGAUUCUGAAUUUCUUGAAAGACAAUAAACAGGAAAAGAUUUAUCCAUGAGAAGCUCACAUGUGUUAAAUGACAAUUAAGGUAUUGAUGAAAUAGAAGAAGGGAACCUUAAAUUAAUUGAGAACAUGGGAGAUGAUUACCAUUCUGUUGAAGAAAUUUAAGAAUAUCAGUUAGUAAAUUAAAAUUAAGACAACUUUUAGAAAGAAAAAUCAGAAGAGAAUAUUUAAGAGCAAUCAACUAAAAUUUAAAUAAAUACAAUUAAACUACCUAGUAUUCCUCAAAAUUAAUAGAUGAGAUAACUAAAUACCAUUGAAGAAAUCAACCAAGAAAUUCAAAACAACACUCAAACAACUUAAGUGUAAAAAUAGUCCUAGAUCACCCAAAGAAAAAAGUCUAUUAAUCUAACUCUUAAAGCUAGUAAGCAAUAACAUAACAAAAAUAAUAAAGGAUAUUAAUUUUCUAAGUAAACGACCUUAGACGAUUUAAAAAAGUAGAUAAAUGAAGAAAUGUAAAAAAAGCAUCAUAGCUCAUCUAUUUAAAAAACAAUUAUAAGUGCUUUUAAUGAUCAAGAAAAUGUAGAAAAUUACAAUUUUGAUAUAAAAUUUGAUUUAAUGAGUUCAUAUAAGUACUAUCUUGUUCAUAACAACUAUACAAUAGUUUUAAGCUAAUUUAAUUAAAUGAUUGAAAAAAACAAAAUUUAUCAGUAACUUAUUCUAAAGUCUAGAAGAAAAAAUAAAUAAAAAGAAUAAACAAAUAUUAAAUUGUAAAAACAAAGGCAAUAAACCUACAAGAAAAUUCCUACCUCAUAAAAAUUCUAUUUAAUGAAACAGAGAAACACGAGAUUGUCUUACGAGCAAUCUUGCUUACUUUCAUAGUAUUAAGAAAAUACUUAAAGAACUAGUAAAGAAUGA